UUCUCAUUCGCCUGCGUGUGAGUCUUCACCCCUGAUGGAGCGGGCAACUCUCGCGAGAGCGCCUCCUCUCGCGAUGCCGCCCAGCAUAGCCGCCACUGCAGUGCCUAUAAAGCGACGAGACACGGCGUUGCGGCAAGGUCGCGCAGCAUCACGGCGAACGCUCGGUUCACGGAGCUCGUUAGCGUCCUCUGGAGCGCGUCGGAUAUUUCCUCACACGCGUUCAGGCUGGACGCACGCGCCGCUGUUCUCCGUUUGCAUCCGCAUGAGCGGCGUUGUUCUAGUCUUCCUGCAGCAUCAGUGUCGCCUCCACCGGCUCCGCCGCACUUCACCGGACACUCUCGGCUCUGAGGAGGCUUCUCUGUCAUGUCGGCGUCCCCUCCGCCCCCCGCCGCCGCGAGCGACCAUCUCUCCAUCAAGCCCGCCGGUCCCACGCCGAGCCAGAGCCGCUUCCAGGUGGACCUGGUGUCGGAGUGCGCCGCGGCCUCGGACUCCUCGCCGCCCGAGUACCCCGCCGAGCCGCUCCGGGACUCCGCGUCCGGCGGAGAGGAAGCCAAGGGCCGGUUUCGCGUCGUGAACUUCGCGGCCUCGAGUCCGGACGCGGCGCCGGCGGACUGCGCGCAGAACGGGGACACGGUGAUGAGCGAGGGCAGCCUGCACUCGUCCAGCGGCGGCCAGCAGCACCAUCACUACGACACCCACACCAACACCUACUACCUCCGCACCUUCGGACACAACACCAUCGACGCCGUGCCCAACAUCGACUUCUACCGGCAGACCGCCGCGCCGCUGGGCGAGAAGCUCAUCAGACCCACGCUCUCGGAGCUGCACGACGAGCUGGACAAGGAGCCGUUCGAGGAUGGCUUUGCUAACGGCGAGGAGCUGACCCCUGCAGAGGAGGCCGCAGCUAAAGAAGCCUCCGAGUCUAAAGGAGUGGUGAAGUUCGGCUGGAUCAAAGGAGUGCUGGUGCGCUGCAUGUUAAACAUAUGGGGCGUGAUGCUCUUCAUUCGAAUGACAUGGAUCGUGGGCCAGGCUGGAAUUGCGUAUUCCUGCAUCAUUGUUGUUAUGGCCACUGUUGUGACUACCAUCACGGGCUGCUCGACCUCUGCGAUCGCCACCAAUGGCUUUGUACGAGGAGGUGGGGCGUAUUACUUAAUAUCUCGAAGUUUGGGCCCAGAGUUUGGCGGCUCCAUUGGUCUGAUUUUUGCCUUUGCCAACGCUGUGGCUGUGGCCAUGUACGUCGUGGGCUUUGCAGAAACUGUAGUUGAGCUGCUCAUUAAUUCCGGUGCGCUCAUGCUCGAUGAGAUUAAUGACGUCAGGAUCAUUGGAACCAUUACAGUCAUCCUGCUGCUUGGCGUCUCAGUGGCUGGAAUGGAGUGGGAGGCCAAGGCUCAAAUAUUCCUCUUGUUCAUUUUGGUCACUGCUAUCUUUAACUACUUCAUUGGGACCUUCAUCCCUGUCGAGUCCAAGGAGAAAUUUGGCUUCUUCAGCUAUGACGCGGGCAUCUUGGCAGAUAACUUUGGCCCAGACUUUCGAGGGGAGACGUUUUUCUCCGUUUUUUCCAUCUUCUUCCCAGCUGCCACAGGCAUUUUGGCUGGAGCCAACAUCUCAGGAGAUCUAGCAGAUCCUCAAAUGGCCAUCCCUAAAGGAACGCUGUUGGCUAUCCUCAUAACGGGCCUCGUGUACGUGGGUGUGGCCAUCUCUGCAGGUGCUUGCAUCGUGCGGGAUGCUACAGGAAUGGAGAGUAACGUAACUCUCAGUGGCUUAAACUGCACUGAUGCGGCCUGUAAGUUCGGCUAUGACUUCAGUUCCUGCAGACCUGUUGAAGGAGGGAAGUCUGCCUGCAAGUUCGGCCUUUACAAUGAUUUCCAGGUCAUGAGUGUGGUGUCAGGCUUCGGGCCCCUCAUCACAGCCGGCAUCUUCUCCGCGACCCUCUCCUCGGCCCUGGCCUCUCUCGUCAGUGCCCCCAAAGUCUUCCAGGCCUUAUGCAAAGACAAUAUCUACCCUGGAAUUGCGGUUUUCGGGAAGGGCUACGGCAAAAACAACGAGCCCCUGCGAGGAUAUUUCCUCACCUUUGGCAUUGCCUUGGCCUUCAUUCUCAUUGCGGAGUUGAACAUCAUCGCCCCGAUCAUUUCCAAUUUCUUCCUGGCAUCGUACGCUCUCAUCAACUUCUCUGUGUUUCACGCGUCGCUGGCCAACUCCCCCGAGGUUUGUUUGUCCCUCAAUACCAAAGCUCUAGAAGACCAGCAGGUAGAUAUCUUCACUUCUGACACUUUAUUAGGUAGAGUCUCUGCACACGAUUGCAUGAACGUAAAGGGUACGUGUAGCUCUCACUCUCGGAUGUGGCUUGUUUAAAGUGCUUCUGUACCCUUUAUGUCAUGUUGUGUCUGUAACCGUGACUCCACUAAAUCCCAUUAGUCUAGUACAUGUCCUGUGUUCAAGAAGCCUCCCUAGUGGUGGUAACAGCCCGUUUGUGUGCUAACUGGUGCUAACUUCAUUUAAUCAAUUCUGUGUACAUGCUUUUGUGAAACUGACUCAUUUCAGCUGUGCAAACUGUUGUUAAGGCUGUGACACCAUUAACAGUCUGGUAUUAAAUGUCUUGAGCAGAUUCUGGACGCUCUGAUUCUGUGCGGUGGCGUCCCGUUCUUUGUGUCCCACACUGUUGCGUAACGUGGCAGAACGGCACAGUUAGCACUUUCCUACCACAAAGAACCAUUGUUGGUUUUAUCCCAACUGUUUAGUUGCUCCGUUCCAAUACGUGGCUCCCGUUGUGGGGUGUAAUUAGGGUAUUUUGACCUUCUCCUAUGUUGCCAAAUGCUCACCCGUAGUACUGCAGCGGAUGCCCUGCUGUUUGACUGGAGUCUGAGUGUUUGCUCC